AUGGAUACCGACGAGGAGUUCAGUGCGGAUUAUUUCCAGCACCUCCUCAACUCGCUCACUCUCAAUUCGAGAGCGUUGAUCACCGAGCUCACAGGAUUGGCAGAAAAAUAUAUUGAUGAUGCCAACACCAUUGUCGGUCUCAUUGAAGACCGAAUUGCCAAGAUUCUUCCCAAGUAUAAACUCUUCAGCUUUUACUUGAUGGAUUCGAUUGUCAAGAACAUUGGAAAUCCUUACAAUUUGAUGUUUACUAAUAACCUAUACAAGAACUUCACCGAGACAUACUUGAUUGUGACCGACACUAUGACAAGACAAAACUUGAUUAAUCUAUUCAAGACUUGGUUAACAGGAAAGACAAGUGCGGGUCUGGAUCUAUUUUCACACGAUGUGCUAAAGAAGAUCGAAGAGUUCAUUAUCAAGGCUACAUCCUUGACAUCCGCUCCAACAGAACAGGUGAGAAUUACUCGCGACACUUUGCUUCGAGAAGGUAACUACUUGCUACAAUAUGUGAUUGCUUUGGAUGAAGGGCUAGAAGAAAGUUUUGCGGAUCGAGAGGCGAAAGAGGACGAAAGGGCCGCUAUUAGCAAGUUUCACCAUAUCCGUAACAAUCUCAUCUACGAAAUCAAUACUAUCAGUGAAACCGUGAUGAUAGAACAAAAGCAGGAGUUCGAACAACAUAAAGAGCAGUACGCUACAGAUCUUCAAAGGAUACGACGAGCUCUUGACGAUCAAAGUUUUCAACAACAAGAAAUCGUCAAGAGAAGAAACUCUUUGGCUGAGGCUCAAAUUCCGCUUGAAUCUAAGGAUGUUAAUAUCGAAAUCAACUUGAAGCCCAAGAGUGUUAAUAUACUGAUGAUACUUGGAAGCACAAAGGAUGCAAAUUUUGAGUCGUUUGUGUCUGAAUGGGGUAAAUCAAUUGUUGAUGGUAUAGUACCUCCAGUCGAAGCUGAGCCAUCGACCCCAGUGAAAUCCGCUGUGGCUGAAGACGGUGAAUCCUUGGCUGGGAGCCUAGGUUUGAAUAUUGCGUCGUUCAAUUUCCAGGAUACUCUUAUGGGAAGUCCUAAGAACGAAAUUACACAUAUAAGCUCAGGUACAUCGCUCAUGAGCGAUGAUGAUGAUGGGGAUGGGUAUGAUCCCGAAGAAUCAUUUUUACAAGACGAUUUGCACGUAAAUGCUAGCAUUAUUCCUUCGAGUGCAGCAGCGAGUGCUGGAUUUACAGGGAGGUCCAGCUUAAAGAGGUCGGCUGCAGAUAGAGAUAGAGUUGUGAAGAGGGUGCGUUUUGAAAUAUAG